AGCGAGUCGGACUCAUCCUGCGCUGCAGAGGACGGCGCGCAAGGAGCCAGAGUGUCAAAUUUGACCUUUGACCUCAUGCAGGUGUCUGGUUUUACCUCCCGAGCUGAGUGGGAUUCUGACUCUACAGGGCGCGUGCAAAGCCUGCUGGGAGUUUCAGACUCCACCUGCAGCCCCGGCGCUGUAAAUACACUCGUCUUCAGUUUAGAUUUCAUGAGUGACAUUGAGACCGUUUUGGACGGCCUGAGAGGAAGAGUCACACGCACGCCGAAACUUUUUGUGACGCCUUUCUUUACAGAUUUGUUCAAACAGACUGUGAAAGGCUGGAAGACGAGCACGCCUGUCAACGAAGGGCUCAUUUUUCAUCAUCAACUUCAGCCGGACAGUUGUCAGUACAGGGAGGGAGAGGAGUACUGCAUCGUCCGCCACAUCCAGAACGGCUCGUACGGCGAUGUGUUCUGUGUGCGGGACAAAAGGACUGGAUUCCAGUGCGCUGCCAAGAGGAUUCCUCUGAGUCACUUCAGCAGCGAGGAGGUGAGCACGUGGAGCGCUCUCAACUCUCCUCGUGUCGUCGAGCUCUUUGGGGCCGUCAGGGAGGGACUCAACAUCGUGCUCUUCAUGGACUUGAAGCCAGCGUGUUUGGCUCAGCUUCUAAAAGAGAUGAACUGUCUACCUGAGGAUUUGGCUCUGCACUACCUGCUUCAGUCACUGGGGGCGCUGGAGCACCUGCACAGCAGAAAGGUCCUUCACCUGGAUGUCAAAGUUGACAAUGUGCUGCUGUCUGCAGACUGCAGAGACACAUUCCUCUGUGACUUUGGGCUCUCAGAGACUUUAGAUGACAGUGGACAGAGCACCAACGCUUUCAGGGGAGCUGCCUUCCCCGGCACAGAGACCCACAUGGCCCCUGAGGUGGCGCGAGGGGAUCGACUGUGUGCCAAGGCGGACGUUUGGAGCAGCUGCUGCAUGUUACUGCACAUGCUCAACGGAUGCCACCCAUGGAUCCGCUACUACUCCCAUCCACUGUGUCUCCAGAUUGUCAAUGAGCCGCCGCCUCUGUGGGAGGUGCCGUCCAACUGCAACAACUUCACGGCCAAAGUGUUCAGGGCCGGUCUCCAAAAAGAUCCUGACAGACGAGCGUCAGCCAAAGAGCUGCGGAGGAAAACCACCAAGGCCUUCAGAGCAGUUGGAGGUCUGAGUCCCUGGUCCGUCCAAACUGCCUGUGAGAAGCUGCAUCAGAGCAAACCUGGGAUAGACCGAACUAAACCAUCAGCCAGGAUGAACUGGGUGAGCCCCUGGAGGACGACAGCAGUGGACGAGGACACCAGCGACUGGAAAGAUGGUGACUCAGACCAGGACUCUGACGUGGAGACGGAUUUCUUAUUAACAAGGGAAUGGGAGCCAAAAUCGCUGCAGGAUGAUUACGCUGCAGACGGAAAAGACGGCUCUGAUUCAGAGGUCGAUAUCUACAUGGCCGAGGAGGAGCACGCUCAGGAGAAGUGGCUGAGAAGUGACAGAGACUAUGAGGGGGACUGGGAGGAGGAGGACGGAGAGGAGGAGGAGGAGGAGGAGGACGAAGAGGAGUGGGACUCCUCAGUGUCCACAGAGUAUCUCCGAGCUCUCAGAGGCGUUUUCCCUUUGCUGCAAAAAGGCCAACAGACAAAUGACGAUUCAUGGGGAUCAGAGCCGGAGCUGGAAUUCCUCCGAGACGAUGUCCCUGUUGGCACGACAAUACAGACGCCGUCCCCUGAACCUCGAGACGACCCCCCGUCCUGUUUCAGCUGCUCUGAGAUGGACGCCUCAGACAAGGACUCUGAUCAUUCGUCCGACGACCUGAGCUCUGGAGUCUUUUCCUCCUGCAACAGUCAGACGGACGGACACUUGGAGUGGCUGGCCUCAGCCAAUCAGCCGUCCUCGUGCUGCUUCGAAGGUGUUGACAUCUGGAUUGAGAACGUUCAGGGCGAGUGUCUGAGGAUCCGGGAGCGCCGGCAGGUCAAAGUGGGCCACGUUGCUAUCGGAAUCAGUGAUCAGAUCUCAGGGAAGGCCUUCACUCUGGAGACGCUGGACAGGAAGACGGUGUCCUUUGAGCAGGAGAUCAAGGAGUCGUGUCUGUGGCUGCGCUGCGUUCCCGCUCCUGACAGAUGUCAGCGCUGGAGGUGGAGAGUCCGAGACGGCAAGCUGGAACUUCGAGAAUGAGACAAACUUUAUUUGUUAUUUUAUUUGUGGUUUGCACUAAUUUAUGAAUCAAUUAUUCUAAAGACGUGGACGUAAACGUGUACGUGCUGUGCUCCGAGAGCGUUGAUGGUAGGAGUUUGCAACCCACUCGGCACAAAAUUUGUUCACGUUGUACAUUUCUGCAAAUGGCGGAUACGUUACAUUUGCAGGUUUAUUAUAUAGCCGUUACGUUAAAACGUUAAACCCUGCGGUUAAUGUUUAUUAUGUUUAGGCCCAAAAACCGUUUGGUUAUGAUCAGGAAAAGACUGUAUUUGGGCCUAAAAUACCCAGUUUUGGGGGCCAGAAAAGCAGAAAUGACACAAUAAAAAAAACAAACAAAAAAAAAACAGUUUUUCUUGCCACUGUCCCGGCAGGAAACACGUCGAUGUCUCGGUAAAAAAAACAAAUAUUUUUCAUAGCACUGUCCCGGCAAGUACACAGCCAUGUCUCAGCGAAAAACAACAGAUUUUUGUGACACUUCCGGCUGUAAACGCAGUAAUGUCUUGAUUAAAAAAAACAAAAAAAACUGUUUUUAGUGGCCAUAUCCCAGCAGGAAACAGAGCAAUGUCUUGGUUACAAAAACAACAGAUUUUUGCGACACCUCUGGAAGGAAACGCAGCACUGUCUUUGUGAAAGACAAUUGCUUUUCUGGCACUAUCCUGGCAGGUACGCAGCGAUGUCUCAGUGGAUAAACAACCGAUUUUUGUGACCCUUCUGGCAUGAAAUGCAAACGCUUUUCGUUGCACUAUGCCGGCAGGAAACAUGGCGAAGUCCCAGAAACAACAUGAUUUUGUGACACUUCUGGCUGUAAUUGAAACACGCUGAUGUUCCAGGAAAAAGAAGACCAUUUUUCAAAGCUCUGUCUUGGCAGGAAACGCACAAUGUCUCUGUGAAAAAAAAAAAAAAAAACACUUUCAGUCCCGUCCAUGUCUCUGUAAAAAAACAACCAUUUCUGUGGCCCUACCUUUGCAAAAAGAAAAAGUUAUUUUUACUGUUGCUGGUGGAUAAACAGUGACAGGUGACUUAAAACACCCACGUUUGGUCCUUGAAACUGAUGUCAAAGACAGCCUACGUCAGCUGUCAUGUAACUUCAUGAAUCGUAAUAUGAUAUGAAUGAAAGGUGCAAAUCAUGGUUUGCAGAAACAUAACAAUGCCAACAUUUUCUUCUGGCAACUUGGCUGGAAUUUGAGAGUAAUGAUUUCAUCAACAUGAUGUGAUUUUGAAGCUGAUUUUCUAUUUGUAAAGAUGAUUUUUCUAUAUCCGUUCUGAAGUUUAUUAUCUUUUCUAUCUCACCCUGUGUGCACAAUCUGGGGGCAAAAGAGAUCAAACUCUUUGUUCUCUGUGAUCUGUUAACUAAGGUUUGUCAUGUUUCUCGGUGCCGUUAAAUGCCGUUUAGAAUGAGUGAAGCUGUUGAAAUAAUGAAUACGUGUCAUGAUGCAAUAUGAGCCCUCGACACUUUAAUACUUGAACGUUACUGACAUUUUAUAUCUUAAUAAAAAAUGACCUUGA